GGACUGUUCGUCUUCUUACCAUUGCAAUGUGCUCUCUUCAGUAUUGUUCUCCCAUAUCAAUAUCAUUCAGAACCCAAAAGUACGUACAUACCCCUCUCGUUCAUCGUUUAUCUCCUAUUGGAACCCGUAAUUAUCCUCUAGCGUUGAGGGCAACGACGUCAAUUGACGAAAUCCCUCCUAAUGCCGUUCGCCGGAAAAUAGACCAGAACUGGAGAGGUGGGUUCAGUCUCGGCGUAGAUUUAGGACUAUCUCGAACCGGAAUCGCUAUUAGUAAAGGCUACACUGUUAAACCUCUCACGGUAUUAAAAUCGAGAGGACAAAAGCUCGAGACUAGGCUAUUAGAAAUUGCAGAAGAAGAGGAGGUUGACGAAUUCAUAAUUGGGUUGCCGAGAUCUUCUGAUGGGAAAGAAACGAUUCAGUCCAACAAAAUCCGUUCUGUUGCUGGACGGCUUGCUGUUCAAGCCGCCGAGAGGGGUUGGAGAGUUUAUGUAUUUGAUGAACAUGGAACAACAUCAGAAGCUUCAGACAGAAUGAUUGUAAUGGGACUCAGCAAGAGUGAAAGACAGAGCAGAUCAGAUGCAUACGCUGCUGUGAUAUUGUUGGAGAGGUAUUUCUCUAGGCAAGGUUUAGGAGCUGAGAUUAUACUUCCCAAGAGUUUAGAGCUUCAGGAGAAGAUCAAGAGCGGUGCAUCUGUAGACCCUGAUUUUAACCCGGACAAACUCGAAGAGUAUUACACAUUUUGAUGAUUUUAGUGAUCAGUAUAGAAUUACAACGAUUGUUUAUGAGUUAGUCCACAUGACUGCAAUUUUGUUGAAAUCAAACUAAAAGAUCCAAAUUUUUUUUCGUUUCCUCU